CGGCCAGGACGGGGGCGGGGCGGUCACGUGUGCCCGAGGGGGCGAGGCCCCAAGCUGGCCCCGAGAGGACUCUGCGGGCGAAGUGGCUGCGCUGGGAGAGAACUUUGCCUGCACAAGGAACGCCUUGUGGGGAGACCCAGGGCAGGAGCGGUCCGGAGCCGGCUGCGGCGUGUGCGGCCGGCCUUGGGACAGCGAUCGCCGCGGGUGGGAACAGAGGUUCCCCAAGGAAAAGUAGGAGCAGGAGCUUGGGGGUGAGCGCAGGGAUCCCCACUCGCAGCUUUUACGCAGCCUCGAGUCUCUCUGUAUCUUCUGGGAUAGGCAAGUGUCCUUUCUACUCUGAGACCAGCGGAGGCCACUGUCCCUUAAGACUGCCGGAGUCCUCACCACUUCUCCAGGAUUCCAGGGGAGACUGUGGCCAUGGUGAAUGAAGGUCCCAACGAGGAAGAGCGCGAUGACACCCCUGCGCCGGAGACCGAACUCCAAGCGGACGCCAGCGUCUCGGUCCAUCCGAGCGUCUCCAUCAACCCCAGCGUCUCUGUCCACCCCAGCAGUUCGGCCCACCCCAGUGCCUUAGCGCAACCCAGUGGCUUGGCUCGCUCCAGUGGCUCGGGCCCCGAGAACCUCAGCGUGAUCAAGGUGAGCAGGCGCCGUUGGGCAGUGGUUCUGGUAUUCAGCUGCUACUCCAUGUGCAACGCCUUCCAGUGGAUCCAGUACAGCUCCAUCAAUAACAUCUUCAUGCACUUCUACGGGGUCAGCGCCUUUGCCAUUGACUGGCUGUCCAUGUGCUACAUGCUGACCUACAUCCCGCUGCUCCUGCUGGUGGCUUGGCUGCUGGAGAAGUUCGGCCUGCGCACCAUUGCUCUCACCGGCUCGGCUCUCAACUGCCUGGGAGCCUGGGUGAAGCUGGGCAGCCUGCGGCCGCACCUCUUUCCCGUCACCGUGGUGGGCCAGCUCAUCUGCUCCGUGGCCCAGGUUUUCAUCCUGGGCAUGCCCUCCCGCAUCGCUUCCGUCUGGUUCGGGGCUAAUGAGGUUUCCACAGCCUGCUCUGUGGCUGUCUUUGGCAAUCAGCUUGGAAUUGCGAUUGGGUUCUUGGUCCCUCCUGUUUUGGUACCCAACAUCGAAGACCGGGACCAGCUUGCCUACCACAUCAGCAUCAUGUUCUAUAUAAUAGGAGGUGUGGCCACUCUCCUCCUCAUCCUUGUCAUCAUUGUGUUCAAGGAGAAGCCUAAAUACCCCCCCAGCAGGGCCCAAUCCCUGAGCUAUGCCUUGGCCUCUCCUGAUGCCUCGUACUUAAGUUCCAUCAGCCGGCUCUUCAAAAACCUCAACUUUGUGCUGCUGGUCAUCACCUAUGGUCUGAAUGCUGGUGCUUUUUAUGCCUUGUCCACUCUGCUGAAUCGCAUGGUCAUCCGGCACUACCCGGGGGAAGAAGUGAAUGCUGGAAGAAUUGGCCUGACCAUCGUCAUUGCAGGAAUGCUUGGGGCUGUGCUCUCAGGAAUCUGGCUGGAUAGGUCCAAAACCUACAAGGAGACAACCCUGGUGGUCUAUAUCAUGACUCUGGUGGGCAUGUUGGUAUACACGUUUACCUUGAGCCUGGGACACCUGUGGAUAGUGUUCAUCACUGCUGGCACAAUGGGCUUCUUUAUGACUGGCUAUCUCCCGCUGGGAUUUGAGUUUGCCGUGGAGCUCACGUACCCAGAAUCAGAAGGCAUCUCCUCCGGUCUCCUCAACAUAUCUGCACAGGUAUUUGGGAUCAUUUUCACCAUCUCCCAGGGCCAGAUUAUUGACAACUAUGGAACCAAGCCUGGGAACAUCUUCCUGUGUCUGUUCCUUGCUCUUGGAACAGCCCUCACUGCAUUCAUUAAGGCAGAUCUCCGGAGACAGAAAGCAAACAAAGAAACUCCUGAGAAUAAACUCCAGGAGGAGGAGGAAGAGAGCAACACCAGCAAAGUGCCCACUGCUGUGUCAGAUGAUCAUCUCUGAGAGGAAGGUGGUGGCAACUCAGGGAACAUGAACACCCCACCUUUUCCUUCAGCACAGCUCUCACCGCCAGCACAAAGGGCUUCGCUAGAGAAGUUUUUGGAGGGAAACAGCAGAACUAUUUGUGGCUUGGAUGGCCUAUUCCGCCUAGAACCCGUGUAAGAGCUUGGAUGAUUUACUUAGAGAAAAUUACAUCUUUCACCAAAUGCAAAUUGGAUUCCCACCUCCACCCCCUUUUAGGUUAUGGGAGUUGGUGUUGGGACAGGCUGGCAGAGAAUAGUGGAGUCAAUCCUAGCUUGGUCUCUUGCCUUCCCUCUUUUCCUCCAUCCUUCAUGGACAAUGCAUGCAAAAUUAUCAUAGGAAGAAAGCUUAUUCAGGAUAUAAACUUGAAAUUUCCAGUGUCCUAGGAGCGCCUCAUGAAGCCCAAUUCUAAGAAGGGGCAAGCUACUCUGCCAGGGGUCAUCUCCUGGGUCACUGGACUGACUGCUGAGUUCUGUAGGAGAGGAAGCACCACUAGAACAACUCCAUUGGAACAGCUCCAUCAGGACUUGUGGGCCUAAAUUCUCCUGGCCUAACAGGGUCUGUCUCCAAACCCUUUUUCCUAAGAGCUGAGCAAACCAAACAUCAAUAAACUUGACAAAGGACUUUGUUGUGGCCAUGAUGGAGACACCUACUCGGGAGGGCUACUACCUAGGUGUGAUCGUGCUGGGGGCUACCUGCUGAGUGUAUUUAUGGAGGCCCACAUUUGGGAACUCUGUUAUCUUGAGUUAGGAAUGGGAAGGUUCUUUUUUAUAGACGUAUUUCCCCAGGGACUUGUGUGUGUCACAUCACCUCUGAUGCCUUUAUCUCAAUGCUGUGUUGGGAACCUCAGCCAUCAGCCCAAGUGCUUGUUUUAUUCCAAGGCAGGGUAAUCCCAGCCAACUUACUCUGACCUUUACUGAAAACUAAUCUUGAUUCAUUCCACUCUGACAAAUCCAAAGCUGCUUCUGAGAGAUAAGAGGGAAGGAGUAGAAGCAGAAAGGUGGUGCCCCCUUGCAAUGGGAAUUGAGUCUGCUAGAAUUAAAAGCUUAUCUCACCUCUGCUGGGGACAGUUUUGUACCACCAACCCCUAUCCCCACCUGCUUUGAGUAAUAAUCCUUAUCAGAUGUUCUAAACUUAAAGGGAUUCUCUUUAAAUCAACUCAAGCUGACCUCCUUUUUUAUCUAGCCUGCUGUCGGGCUGUGCUCAUUGGCUUUGGUAAUACCUCCUAAAAAUGAGAUUUUGGUAACUUCUCCUAUGCAUUGGGCAGCUGCGAUCAUGACCACCAUGCUGUCUUGCUCUGGCCACUGCCCUGGCCUCAGUGUAUCAGGGCAGCCCGACCUGGCUGUAGUACUUCGGUGCCUGGGCCACUGCCUGAGAGGACCCGGGGGUGUGUGUGUGUGUGUGUGUGUGUGUGUGUGUGUGUGUGUGUGUGUGUGUUUGUAGAGAUUUAAGCAAUGGAUGCAAGAAAUGUGCUGUAUGUAACAGAAGAAAGAAGUCCAUGCUUUUGGUAGUAGCGAAUCAGUGCGGAAGAGAGGUGAGGGUGUGCCUUACUUUUUGAUAAGGAGAAAGAUGUUUACUCAUCAACCCUUCAAAAUGUAUUAACAAAAUGUUCACCAAACCUAUUGCUUUAUUUUAAAAACAUAAUUUGUAUUUUCCAUUUUUAAGAUCAGACGUUUCAAGACAAUAAAAAAUUCUCAGAAA